UAGCUGACGCGUGUGAGAUGGUUCCAGGUUCUGCAAUUCAGAAGGCUCUCUUUCUCCCUCCCUCUGAUUGCCGCGUAAGUCUGCCGGUGAGGUGAGAACGGGAGGAUGUCCGUUCAAGAGUACCUCGAGAAGCACCGGCUCUCCCGGAAGAUUGAGGAUGCUGUCAAUGCCGCUGUUAGGGCAAAAACACCGGAUCCAAUUCUAUACAUCUCGAAUCAUAUGAAGAAAGCUGUUCCGGCGGUCAUCACGAAGAUAGUGGCUAGACAGAUACUUGAUAGUAGGGGCAAUCCUACUGUAGAGGUUGACCUGCACACGAAUAAGGGGCUAUUUCGCGCUGCAGUACCAAGUGGAGAUUCUAGUGGAUUGUAUGAAGCUCUUGAAUUGCGUGAUGAUGACAAGAGGAAAUAUCUUGGUAAGGGUGUUUCCAAGGCUUUAAAGAACGUGAAUGAGAUAAUAUCUGGCGCAUUGUUUGGGAUGGAUCCUACUCUUCAAUCAGAGAUUGAUCACAGAAUGAUUGAGCUUGACAAAACAGAAAAUAAGGGGGAACUUGGUGCAAAUGCUAUAUUAGCUGUUUCACUUGCUGCCUGCAGAGCUGGUGCUGCAGAAAAAGAGGUUCCUCUUUACAAGUACAUUGCUGAUCUUGCUGGAGUGACCAAGCUGGUGCUUCCUGUUCCAGCUUUUACUGUUAUCAGUGGUGGAACGCAUGCUUCCAAUAGCCUGGCUGCCCAAGAAAUCAUGAUUCUUCCAGUUGGUGCAAGUUCAUUUGAGGAAGCAAUUCAGAUGGGUGCUGAGACGUAUCAUCAUCUGAAGGAAGUUAUUUCUGAGAAGAUUGGGCUAACUGGAUGCAAUGUUGGUGAUGGUGGAGGGUUUGCUCCAAAUAUCUCCAGUUUCAGAGAAGCUUUGGAUCUCGUUAAGGAAGCUAUUGACAGAGCAGGAUACAGUGGCAGGGUAAAGAUGGCCAUUGAUGUAGCUGCCACCAAGUUCUGCAUAGGUAAGAAAUAUGAUUUGGACUUCAAAGUUCCAAAUAAGUCGGGGGAGAAUUUUAAGACGGGAGAGGAAAUGAUCGAAUUGUACACCCAACUCUGCUCAGAAUACCCUAUCCUCUCUAUCACGGAUCCAUUUGACAAGGACGACUGGGAAAAUACCAAGCUUUUUUCUGCUACAGGGGCUUGUCAGAUUGUAGGCGGCGAUUUACUAAUGUCAAACACAAGCCGUAUGGAGAAGGCAAGACAGGACUCCAUUUGCAAUUCAUUGCUUCUCAAGGUAAAUCAAGUUGGGACGAUCACUGAGGCCAUAGAAGUUGUGAAGAUGGCCAAGGAUUCAGCAUGGGGAGUGGUAGUAUCUGAUAGGGAUGGGGACACAGAAGAUUCCUUCAUCUCCGAUCUUGCAGUGGGCUUGGCUGCUGGGCAGAUCAAGGCUGGUGCACCGUGCCGAAGUGAGAGGCUUGCAAAAUACAAUCAGUUGUUACGAAUUGAAGAAGAGCUUGGAGACAACAAAAGCUAUGCAGGUGAGAAUUGGAGAUCACCAUGACAAACAAAGGGUUGUGCCAGCACCUGAGAAAGCUCCCAAGCAUUUGAUGGAUUGAGGAAUUGGUAUUCUCCCAGUUGCCUGAAGAGUUUAAAGGAUUUGAGAAAGCUUCACAUCCUAUGCUGCAUUAUUGGUGAUACUUGAAGCAUUAAGGCACCGUAUUAGAUCUCAGGAACGAGCUGGCUAAGUAUCAUCAAUAAAGUUUCACGUCGUCAUUAUUUUGAGGCGGUGACGUGGAAAAAGAAGUGUAGAAUUCAUAUUUUAUUAGCAUAAACGCUCUUUUUAUCUGUUAAACUUGGGCCUCAGGGAGGCUCUAUUUUUAGCUUUUUGUUGGCUCCUCUUGUCCAGCUAAGAUUUUGCAUAAUGGCGUUUGUUUAAUUAGGCAUUCUAUACCAUGCGAAGCUGGGCAUCAUACUGAGUUAAGCUUUGUUGUGCUGCUUUAGAAUAUGCUUCUGCUAAGGAUAUUUUUUAGUUCCCUUUUGAA